CUGGAGGCCCCAGGACACCUACCCUGCUAUGCUGUGCCUUCUGUCCUCCAGCCUGCUAGUCAGGAUGUGGGGCAGGACUUCGGAAAAACAGUCAUGGAGGUACAACAACCAUACGCCUUCCCCAUGUGUCAUCCAUAGACUUGACCACAUUGUGAUGACAGUAAAGAACAUUAAAGAUACCACCAUGUUUUAUUCCAAGAUCCUGGGCAUGGAGGUCACAAUUUUCAAGGAAGGCCGAAAAGCACUAUGUUUUGGAGACCAAAAAUUUAAUCUCCACGAGGUGGGAAACGAAUUUGAGCCCAAAGCUGCUCACCCAGUUCCUGGAUCUCUGGACAUAUGUCUGAUCACAGAGGUGCCUUUAGAGAAAAUGAUCCAGCACCUCAAGGCUUGUGAUGUUCCCAUUGAGGAGGGCCCAGUGCCCAGAACGGGGGCAAAAGGGCCUAUUAUGUCCAUCUACUUCCGGGACCCUGACAGAAAUCUGAUUGAGGUAUCCAACUACAUUUCAUCAUAAUCAAGGCUGGCCCCGCUCCACUCUGUUCCCUGUGAUGUUGCCCUCUCC